AUGGGUCCAAGGCGUAGGAAGAUGGAAAUUAAGAUGACCAUAGAGAAGGAAGAAGAGCCGUGCCGCUGCUCAACAAUCACCUCUGCCGAGGGCAUGGACCACAUGAUGAGGCUUGGCGCCGGAGCCGCCCACCAGAUCUCCAGGGCUGAACCAAUGCCUGACCGAAGGUCAAGGUUUUGGCAGACGGAUGUGCAGCCUGCGCCUCGUAUAGACAUCAUCUGCCCUCUUCCUUGCCGCCCUUCCCGCCCACAUCUCCUCAAUUGGCCCAGCCCCAAGUCUAACGGGGCACUCCCAUUGUAUAGAGCAGACCCCACUUGUGAUAUCGUUGAUCUCAUCCUUAGCAAGCAUGUUGUUCUUCUGGAUUAUGAUGGCCAGUUCUGUCUCUUCUUUCAGAAUGACCCUGAUGUGGAUACUGAUUCAAGCAGCCAGGUGGCCUUUUUCUGUGGCUCACCUCCUGCACGCACUAACAACCCUGUUAUCAAUGACCCACAGUUUGGAAAGAAAACACCAUCCUUUUCUCCUUUAGGAAGCUCUUUCGGAAAAAUGGCAGCUGGAAGAGUUGAAGUAGGUUCUCCGACCUGCGGGGCCAGCAGCCCGAAAGUAAGAAUCGAAGGUUUUGCUUGCGGGAACAAAGAGCCCCCUCACUGUGCAGUUACAUUUGCCUGA